ACCAGGAAAUGGGCUUUUUUUUAUUCUUCAUGGAGAAGUGCUCGCUGCAUAUUUACAAGGAGAAGGCAGCAUACAUGGAUGACAUCAAGUGUCGCACCAAAGAUUGACUUAAGAUAAACGAAAGUGAAUCAAGGAUGAAGUGUGUCUAAAAAGUAGUUCAUCUGUCCAAACAGCUAAGGGGAAGGAUCAUUUAAUGUACUUUUCAAUACCUCACAAUAGACAUCUUUACAAUUGGAUUCUCCUCAGUUUUUUUUACUCUCUUUCUCCUCAUUUUGCGGUUCUUCUUGUGGUCAUGGAGUGAUUUCAGGACUGGACAGCAACCAUGCCUGUAAUGAAGGGGCUCCUGGCCCCCCAGAACACUUUCCUGGACACCAUCGCCAAGCACUUCGACGGCACUCACAGCAACUUCCUGCUGGGAAACGCGCAGGGCUGUCGUGGGUAUCCCAUCGUGUACUGUUCCGAUGGCUUCUGUGAACUAACCGGCUUCGCACGCACCGAGGUCAUGAAGAAGACGUGCACGUGUCGCUUUCUCCAUGGAGAAGAAACGAGCGAGAGAGUGACUCAGCAAGUGCAGAAAACUCUGGAAGGCCAGAGAGAAUACCAGGCUGAAGUGCGCUACUACAGGAAGAAUGGAACGUCGUUCUGGUGCAUGCUGGAUAUCGUGCCUAUAAAGAAUGAGAAAGGAGAGGUGGUGCUGUUCCUUUUUUCCUUCAAAGACAUAACUGACUCGUACGGCAAGACACACCACGCCUCCAAGAUGCAUGAAGAUGGCACUCAGAACAGGAAGUCCAGCCGUUCUCAUCUCAGUCGUGCGCGCGAGCGGGGGCGGAGCGUCCUGUACCACCUGACCAGUCAGUUCACCAAUAGGAACAAAGGAAAACUGCCGAACAAUGUUUUCCCGAAGCCCACUCUUCCUGAGUACAAGGUUGCGUCAGUCCAGAAGUCACGCUUCAUCCUGCUCCAUUACAGCGUCUGCAAAGCGCUGUGGGACUGGUUAAUCCUCCUGGCGACGUUCUACGUGGCCGUCACUGUCCCUUACAACGUGUGCUUCUCCGCCCCCGACGACAGCAACCAAUCAGACCCGGAGUGUGACUCCUCCUACCGGAGCACCAUCGUGAGCGACAUAGCAGUAGAAAUGCUCUUCAUCCUCGAUAUCAUCUUGAAUUUCCGCACUACUUAUGUGGGACCGGCCGGUCAGGUGGUGUACGAUGCACGCUCCAUCUGCCUUCAUUAUUCUGCCACUUGGUUCAUCCUGGACCUCAUCGCCGCCCUGCCCUUCGACCUGCUCUACGCUUUCAACAUCUCAGUGACCUCCUUAGUGCACCUGCUGAAGACGGUGCGUCUGCUGCGUUUGCUGCGUCUGCUGCAGAAGGUGGACCGUUACUCUCAGUACAGCGCCGUGGUGCUCACACUGCUCAUGUCCGUCUUUGCUCUGCUCGCACACUGGCUCGCGUGUGUCUGGUACGUCAUUGGAAUCAAAGAGCUCAGCAGUAACGACCCGGUUACCUGGGACAUAGGCUGGCUGCAGGAGCUGGGGAAGCGCUUGGAGACUCCUUACACAAACGGCACAGUUGGCGGGCCUUCCAUGCGCAGUGCCUACAUCGCCUCGCUCUACUUCACCCUUAGCAGUCUGACCAGCGUGGGAUUUGGCAACGUCUGUGCCAACACUGAUGCCGAGAAGAUCUUCUCCAUCUGCACCAUGCUCAUCGGGGCUCUGAUGCACGCAGUGGUGUUUGGCAACGUGACAGCCAUCAUUCAGCGCAUGUACUCACGACGUUCCCUCUACCACACACGCAUGAAGGAUCUCAAGGACUUCAUCCGCGUGCAUCGCCUGCCUCAGCAGCUGAAGCAGCGCAUGCUGGAGUACUUCCAAACCACCUGGUCAGUUACCAACGGGAUCAAUGCUAAUGAGCUGCUGCACGACUUCCCGGAUGAGUUGUGCGCGGACAUCGCCAUGCACCUCAACAAGGACAUCUUGCAGCUGCCCCUCUUCUCCUCUGCCAGUAGAGGGUGCCUGCGUUCACUCUCCCUGCACAUCAAGACUUCUUUCUGCGCCCCAGGUGAAUACCUCAUCCGACACGGAGAUGCCCUCCACGCCCAUCACUUCGUUUGCUCCGGAUCACUAGAGGUGCUUAAGGAUGGCAUGGUGCUUGCCAUAUUGGGUAAGGGGGAUCUGAUUGGAGCAGACUUGCCCGGGCGCGAUCAGGUGAUCAAGGCCAAUGCAGACGUGAAAGCUCUGACCUAUUGUGACCUGCAGUACAUCAGUAUCAGGGCGCUCCGCGAGGUCCUCGAGCUCUAUCCCGAAUACGGCAACUGCUUCAAUGAGGACAUUCACCACAACCUCACGUACAACCUUAGAGAGGGUCAGACUCGAUUUCCUCGUUCUCCGAGAACCUCACAGGGUCGUUCUGACACCCUCCUUACUCCUGAGCCGAAAUUGCCCUUCAUUGUGGAAGCCGAGGACGAGGAUGAUCCAGGACAGGAAGUAGGCAGGCAGCCUCUGCUCGCCAGCAUGGAGGGAAACUCGAACCAUUCUGCUCUGAGCGCCAUGUUAGGGGAAGAGCUGCGUCAUUUCGGCAUGCUCCGCCUCUGCCGCUCUCCGACCCAAGGCUACAGAGGACAGAGUCCCUCACCUCAUCCACCAGGCAGCGAGGAGCUGUGCCCCCCGGUGAUCGACACGGGCCCCGUCAACCGUCCGGCCAAGCUGCUCAUCCCCUCACUUACCUGCGUCAGUCCGCUAGACCUGAGCCCCAGGGUUGUGGAUGGUAUUGAGGACAACGAACCAGCGUUUCACUUCAACGUGGAACCCAGUGAGGUCACCUCCAAUCGACGGGCCAAAGAUCCCCUUCAGGUGAAUGCCAACCUUUUGCUUGAGACAGAAGAAGUUAGACAAACCAUCUCCCAACUCAACACAGAGAUGAACCGCUUGAACCAGGAAGUGUCCAACCUUGCUAAAGGUCUGCAUGAGAUGAUGCACUUCCUGCACACCCACGUGACCAUGCCCCACUUCGCUCCACCCCUUCCAACAUACUCAUCUUUUAGCACCAGCCUGACACCACCUCCGUCUGACUGGCCCCCUCGGGUGUCCUUCAACAUUGCCCAGGCUCCCAGCUGUGGCUGCGGAAGAGGUUCUGUCCUGGGACAGGAAGUGGAAAUGGAGCAUCUCCAUCCACCUCCCAGUCCUCCACACGGCACCUGCCCUCACUCUCUGUGCUGCCCCGAACAGGAACGACGCUCAGCCUUGGGACUGGAGAGUCAGCCGAACCCAUACCAGACGUCCAGGACAACACCGAAUUCGCAAUACAUGGGCCACUCAGCUAGCCGGCAGGUGCCCUGUCUUCUCAGCUUGGCUCCGAGUUUCCCGCCUGUCUCAGGACCUAGCAGUAUAGGACCUCAAACCAACUCUCCAAGUCAAGCUCUGUAUUCCCAUGGCAGCCUUAGUCAGCCGCACACCUCUCUGAGCCUGCAGACCACCCCUGACCUGACAUGCCAACGCUCAACACCUAUCCACAUCUCUCUGACGCCAACUGGCCAAUCGCAGCCCCUUACAGCGGUCAGUUCACUCAUGCGUGCUGGGAUUUGUAGCCCGAGCUCGUUACACUUGCCAACAGGGCCUAGACAGAAUGACCUGGUCGGGUCGAGUCCUGUUCACCUGCAUGACCCUGCCCUCAGCCCCACUGCAGAAAUGACCGCUACGGAGAACUUGGGUCCUGCAGGGGUCUAAAUUCAGUAUUUACCAGAUAACUUUCCCAAUUCUCACUGCAUGCCAGUUUCUCCAAGAAAGCAGUGGUGUUGCAAAAGAGUUUAUAGACUGCACAAACAUUUUUUUGGUUUGUUUGUUUGUUUGUUUGUUUUUUUGCUUUGCUUUGACACUAAUACCUCACAAUCUCCAUUGCAGCUAGCUUCACCAAAGAACAAGUGCUGCUUGGCAUCAAACUACAUGAGACAUGAAUGUUCAAAUGACAACAUGUAUAGGAUGUAUGCAUGUAUGUACGUAUAAAAUGCAAAUUAUUAUAUAGAGAGAUUUGUAUGCCAAACAAACUAAAACCAAAAUAAUUGCUAAAACAGAUUCUUUGAGCCAACUUACCAUCGUUUACCAUCGUUACCAAGUUUUUCGUCUAGGCCCCUUGAGGGACCACGUCAUCGAAAGGCUAUUGGUAAAACAAAUAAGGGCAGUUUUUAACCAUGUUGGACAGGAGGAUUGAACCAGUUUGUCUCCAGGUCAAAAGGUUUGGUUCUAAGGAACAGCAACAACAAAACUGAUUUUCUUAUGUGAUAUUAUUAUAAUAUUUUAUGUAAAGUCAUUGAAAAAACUUUCAGGCAGAACUGUGAUGUAGUGGUCGACACUGUGGAGUCGCACCUCCAGGGGUCGAGGGUUCAAGUCCUGCCUUAUGUGCGUGUAGAGUUUGUUAGUACUUGGUGGAUUUCCUCAGGGUGCUCCGGUUUCCUCCCGCAGUCCCGAGACAUGCAGGUUAAGUUAUUAGCGUUUCAAAAUUGUCCGAAGUGUGUGAAAAAGCGGGUGAGUGUGAUUGUAUGUGUGUGUGCCCUGUGAUGGUUUGGCACC